AUGCAGUUAGUUGAGAAAGUGAAAAUGAAGAGGGUGGCUUCAUAUGCUCGUAUUGAUAGCUGGUAUAUUACCUCGAGAUACAAACCGGUAUUUUGGAUAGGGGUUUGCGCUGGGAAGUCUACUAGUGUUAUGAACAGUGUUGGAAAUAACCAAUCAGACUGGUACAUUUUGGCCAGGAAGCUGAGUUGUUUACAUUUUCCAAGAUGGCGGCGGGGAUGUAUUUGGAGCAUUAUUUGGACAGCAUAGAAAACCUGCCCUUCGAGUUGCAGAGAAACUUCAAUUUGAUGAGGGAUCUAGAUCAACGCACAGAGGAUUUAAAAAGCCAGAUAGACUCUCUGGCUAAAGAGUAAGAGCAAAAGCUGUCCAUACUGAGGCAGAUUCAGCAGUCAUACAGUAAAUGCAAGGAGUUUGGAGAUGAUAAGGUGCAACUGGCCAUGCAGACCUAUGAGAUGGUCGACAAACACAUCAGACGUCUUGACACAGACCUGGCUCGGUUUGAAGCUGAUCUGAAGGAAAAGCAGAUCGAGAGCACAGACUAUGAUUCCACCUCUAGUAAGGGGAAAAAAGGUGACUCCAGACAGAAGGAAAAGAAGACGGCUAAAACAAGGUCUAAAGUGAAGAGUUCAGAUGAAGAUGGCAGCCCCAAGAGUUUACAGAAGAAAGUCAAACUCCAUCAACCGGGAGAAUUCAAUAGCCCUUCCUCCAACUUUGGGAAUGUGCACCCAUCUGAUGUGCUGGACAUGCCAGUGGACCCAAAUGAACCCACCUACUGUCUGUGUCAUCAGGUCUCUUAUGGCGAGAUGAUCGGCUGUGACAACACUGAUUGCUCCAUUGAGUGGUUCCAUUUUGCAUGUGUGGGCCUGACAACAAAACCAAGAGGAAAAUGGUAUUGCCCACGAUGCUCCCAAGACAGAAAGAGAAAAUAAAAAACACCUGGUUGUCCUGGAACAAAACGUGGACACUGAUCAGAUGGAAAAUGAGAAGAAUAUUUCUUCAUUAGUUACUAGAUCUUUUUUUCUCCUCUUUCUUAACAUUUGGUGCUUUUCUUUUUGGUUUACAUAAUUUGCCUUGGUCUGUUGCAGUGUUUGUGAAGGAGCCAAGUGGGUUGCAAAUGUAUUUAAUUUGUUUUCCCUUAACAGUUAACUAUACAUUUAAUUUUUAAUUUUGUUUUUUGUAAUUACCUUUUGUGCUCUUAUUGCGACUUUUAAAAAAAUUUUUGUUUUACAAGUGAAUAAUCAACACUACAUCUGCCCCUAAUGGUUUAACAGUUCACAUUUCCAUGAUACUUUAUACUGUACUCACAUGUGUAACUACAAGUCUUUUCUCUGAAAACAGUUAGGCUAUGGAGAGAUUUUUGCUUUGUUGUGUAAUUACUUUUUUGUGUUUAGCCUUGGAACACUAGUUUUUGAAAGUAUAAAAAGAGAGCAAAAAAUAUGAAGUCAAAUGCUGCAUCAUGAAAGUAUUAGUCAUCCGUGGUAAUGAGUUAAACCAUCCUAUUUUAACAUUUGAUUGAGUGCUGUAUAGAAAGUAAGACAUUUUGUGAAAAGUAUUGUCAUUUCUGUAGCUGAAACAUUUGAUACAGGGGGUGAUUGUGUUGUCAAUCAUUUUAAUACAGCUACUACCUCAAAAACA